GAGCUGCUCGCUACUUCCGGUGUAGAUUGCUAAGCUACUCACACCAGACCAGACAACCGCAGCGAUUUUGACGGGUGUGUCAUCCAAGAUGCUGGCCCUCAUAAACAGGCUUUUGGACUGGUUCAGGUCGCUCUUUUGGAAGGAAGAGAUGGAACUCACACUGGUUGGACUUCAGUACUCCGGAAAGACGACAUUCGUCAAUGUGAUUGCUUCAGGCCAGUUCAGCGAAGACAUGAUUCCCACAGUUGGAUUCAACAUGCGGAAGGUCACAAAAGGCAACGUGACAAUAAAGAUAUGGGACAUCGGUGGACAGCCCCGCUUCCGAAGCAUGUGGGAACGCUACUGUCGAGGAGUCAAUGCUAUUGUUUACAUGGUGGAUGCAGCGGAUCGAGAUAAGAUAGAAGCUUCCACAAAUGAGCUACACAACUUGUUGGACAAACCGCAACUACAAGGAAUCCCAGUUCUAGUGCUGGGAAACAAACGGGACCUCGCCAACGCACUUGAUGAGAAGCAGCUCAUUGAGAAGAUGAACCUGUCUGCCAUCCAGGAUCGAGAGAUCUGCUGCUACUCCGUCUCCUGCAAAGAGAAGGACAAUAUAGAUAUCACACUGCAGUGGCUCAUCCAGCACUCAAAGUCGCGGAGGAGCUGAAAGUGAAAGGCAGCUGUGCAGCCUCAGCCCCAAACACUCAUGGGUCCUCCACAGUCAUUCCUUCCGCUGCCUCUGUGAAGUACUUCAGCGCUCUCUGCUCUCUCCUGUCGCAAACGUGCACCACCAGUCACUACUACCAUACUGUACCCGCACUGCUUGUCUUUGGGAUCCUGAAAUGUGUCCGCGCUAGAUGGUGAUUGGUCAUGCCGUAGCGCCCGUCCCUGUGGGCCCUCCACGCGCGGGGCUUGAAUGACGUUACAGUGAGCUGUCGUCGUAUUUCCCAUAGCGAUCCCACGAUCACAAGCAUCCAUUGUUUGGUGUUUACACGACAAAGUGCGAUUGUGGUUUUUAAUUGUUUGCCAAGUGACAACGGUUGCUGCAGCUAAUGCCUUCAAUCACAAUGAGCUCUCACGCACGAUCACCUGCAUUUUAUUUGGCAGUAUGCUUGGGAUUAUUACUUGAAUGAAAUUGUACACGCCGAUGAAGGUUGGGCGAUGACGGAUUGUUGCUGGGUCUGAGGCAGAAAUGGGCCAGCAGACGUUUAAGUGCCUUUUGGCCGAGGGAGAGCGCCAGUCAUUGCCCAAAGUGAGGCCUAACACGCUAUUAGAAAAUCAACCGCGUCCCUUGGUUACACAAAUCAGUCUCUCGCUGUUUUCGAAUCACCUCAUGACCUCAGCGGUGCGGCACUAACGCAGCACGACGCAAACAAAUUUACAAAAUGUUACAUUUUGCUCGGCUGAUGUGGGGGGGCUUUGACCACCCGUGGCCUCCCGUGUGCCCCAGUUCCUCGUUUCUAAUCAUGCAUUUGUUCAGGUUGAAUAGCGGAAGGCCAUGAUAGUCGGAAAGCCACACACAACAAAAGCGUUAGACGAUCAUUGCCACUCCUGUCGUUGGAAAUGCCGCUGAAGACUUUGAUUGACGUGAUUUUCAUUUUCUGUCGUUGCCAAGACAGUUUCUACUUUGAUCAAUGUGAUGCUUCAAUCAAGCACGUGAAUCUCCUCCAUGUUGCCAGUUGGGUUCACGCAUCUCUGUGUUCAUGCGCUCUAUAUUACCUCACAUUGUCCUCCUGUGUCUGUUGGUGAUGAGCAGAAUACUAAUUAGCAACUGUUGGGACCACAGCAGCAGUGAGGGGGCUGUAAAACUGGAUGACUUGUGGUUUAAAGCGGGGGUUAAAAGAAAAGCUUUUGUUAACUGUGUCAUAUUAUAUAGCCUAUACUUGCAAUUUGUACUUGCAUGUGCUAAAAUAAUUCACAUUCAAUUGUAGACUUUGUAAAUAAGAAGUUAGCAUUUUUAUUCCAACAAAUGCUCCUGUAGAUGUCAUGCGUUCUUUCCAUGUGAUUGCUAAUAAAUUUGGUUUUAUUUUUAAAAAGGGUUUCCAGGGGUUGCUCAGUCGGCCUGUUGCAUGUGAAAUGUUUUGCCACUAGGUGGAAGUAGAGGGCUUUGCAUACGUGGAGUCUGCACAGAGCAGAAACUGAUACAGGCCAACGUAAAAGUCUGUUUUGCAGGACUGCGCAUCAUCAACCUGGGGGAGAAAAUAUGCAAAAUAUACAGCAAUGGUAAAAAAUAUAUAUAUUGGCACCCUUCAUGGAAUCAAAGUUAACAAAAGCUAACAUCUGCACAAGGCCAAAUUAACAUUUUGAUGGAUUUGUGGAAUUGAAACAAGAAAAAAAGUCCUAAAAAAAUGCAACAAGCAAAGUUCUUAGCUUUGUGAUUAUUAACUGUCAGUAGUGGGCUAUGACCUUUCUCAUUCCAAAUGGAAAAUAAUCACUUCUGGUAGUUUCUAACUAACGUGGCACAUGGCUCCUUCGUCCAUUACACAUUUUUCAUCCAGCCUAACCUUGGACCCUGACCUUGAGCCUCCACCACAGAUUCGAGAUAGGAGUGAGAUCUGGGCUCGGAGAGAGCCACGCAAGAACAUUGAUUUUGGUGUCCUUCAAAAACUUUCUGGACCAACUUGUAUGGAUGUGUGUUGUGGGUCCUUGUCUUGCUGGGAGACCCAGCAGCAAUCCAUUUUUUAACCGAAAGACAGCUGUGGUCUUACCUUUUGUAUAUGAACCUACCCACCGCCCCGUCCUUCCCCAGGAAAAGGUCUGAUUCUUUGUUGUAAAAGUCUGAUUAACUUUUGUUGAGUCGUCCUCCAUCUUGACAGUAAAAUUCAUUCAUUCGUUCAGCAGAGCACUAACAUAUCUUGCGUUUGACUUGCCAUUCUCCAGCUGGUGCUGCUGGAUUUUCCUCUCUAUUGAAGGACGCCAGUGACACGCACCUUCCCCACCCCUUCAGGAUGAGGAGGGUACUGCAAGCGCCUCCCGCAUGACAGUAUUUUAUUGUCCGAUUAGCAGGAUUUAGGAUGUCACACUUACUUUAAAGACAUUCCACAGGCUGUAGGAAGCCGCAGUGUAUCACAAAUGUUUCUGCAACAUUUUAUUAUUGGCCACAUGCUGACCAACACAAAGUGGCAGGCGCCAUGAUCCAUGAGGCAUGACUUCGAGAAGCAGCCUCAUCUUAGGUUUCUGCCCUGUUUGAUCAGAGAGUGUGUAAAUUCAGUGAUUUUCGACUGUUUUUUAUUUUCAUCAAAACAAGCCGCAUCCAUAAAACUUACCCCCAUGUUUCAGAUCCACUCGGGUAAACGCCAGUCGAGCUUUUCCUGCUGAUGGCCGUGAAGUCCACCAUGUUGACGAAGCCUCACAGCAGUCUUACGUGAAACGUCAAGUCCGGAGCCAGUUCAGUGACCAACAAACACACAACGCAUCUGCGGAUUCUUCUUCACCACUUUUUUUUUUCCUCUCUGAAGUUUAUUUUUGACAGAAUUAGUUCCUUUGUGUUUUGUGACGGUGCAGACACGUGUUCAAGAAACACUGAGCGAUGGCAAGUAUCCAAUGCAGCUCUGCAUGAGGGCAACCUUCAAUGUCAAUCAUAAACAUGUUGUUACAUUUAAUAAUCCAAUUUAUAUAAAAUAAUGACUAAAUAAAAUAAUGGCUCACACUUUACAAUAAGGUACACAAAAAUACAAUAGUUACUGAGGAACUAAUGAGGAACUAUUCCAUUCCAUUUUCCUCCGCUUAUCCGGGUCCGGGUCGCGGGGGCAGCAGUCUUAGUAGAGAAGCCCAGACUUCCCGGUCCCCGACCACCUCCUCCAGCUCCACCAGAGGACACCAAGGCGUGAGACGUAAUCCCUCCAGCGUGUCCUAGAUCUCCCCCGGGGCCUUCUCCCGGCUGGGCAUGCCCGAAACACCUAAUGAGGAACUAAGGCACAUAAAAUUUUAAGUAGUUACUGAGGAACUAAUGAGUAGAGUAGUUACUAAGGAACUAAGGCACAUACAUUUAAAGUAUUUAAUGAGGAACUAAUGAAGAACUAAUGAACUAACGAGGAACUGACUAAGCCACUUAAAUUUAUACUAGUUACUGAGGAACUAAUGACAAACUAAUGAGGAACUAACCAGUAGAGUAGUUACUGAGGAACUAAUGACUACAGCACAUAAAUUUAGACUAGGUACUGAAGAACUAAUGAGUAGAGUAGUUACUGAGGAACUAUAUCACAUAAAUUUAAAGUAGUUACUAAAGAACUAAAGAGGCACUCAUGACUAAGGCACAUCAAUUUAGACUAGUUAUUGAGGAACUAAUGAGUAGUUGCUGAGGAACUAUGGCACAUUUGAAGUAGUUACUAAGGAACUAAUGAGUCACUAAGGCACAUAAAUGUAAAGUAGUUACUGAGGAACUAAUGAGUAGCUAAGGAGUAGUGGUUAGGCUUAGGUAGGUUCCUCAUUAACUACUGUACUUUAGUGUAAAUAUUGUAAAGUGUUACCAAAUAAUGAAUAAAUCAACUGAUGG